UUUUCCGAAGAGGAGUCGCUCGGCGGUUGUUUCACGGGCUGGUGGCGGAGGAUUUCCCCGGCCGCGAAGAUGAACGCGGAUCUGCGGAAAGAGCGAGAGGCGGCUUCCUUCAAGGUGGAGCUGCUGACUAACCUCUUGGACGGGGGCGCCGACCGGACCUUGCGCCGCAAGAAAAUUGAAGCUAUUAUUGCAAAUGAUCCCAGCUUCCACCACGAAGAUGUAAAUUUUCUCUCCCGCAGUGAACGCUAUGAAGUAGCUAUCAAAAAGAGUGCUCUUAUGGUGCUGAAAUUAAGAGAAUAUGGGAUUGCAGACCCUGAAGAGAUCUACUGGUUUAAAAGAAUAUGCAUGGGCAAACACGUUGCACUCACUGAUGUGCACUUCGGCAUGUUUCUGCCCACCUUACAGAGCCAAUGCACAGAUGCUCAGAAAAAGAAGUGGCUGCCCCUGGCCUCCCGCUUCCAGAUAAUCGGCACUUAUGCUCAGACGGAAUUGGGGCACGGAACCCAUCUCCGAGGCCUGGAAACUACUGCCACCUAUGAUCCUGCUACCCAGGAAUUCAUCCUUAAUAGCCCAACUGUGACUUCUAUUAAGUGGUGGCCAGGUGGAUUGGGCAAGACAUCAAACUAUGCCAUUGUUUUGGCUCAGCUUUAUACCCAAAACAAAUGUCAUGGGUUACAUGCUUUUAUUGUGCCUCUACGUCAGUUGGGAACCCAUGAACCACUACCAGGCAUCACCAUUGGUGACAUUGGCCCAAAAUUUGGUUAUGAUGACAUGGAUAAUGGCUACUUAAAAAUGGACAACUUCCGUAUCCCUCGGGAAAAUAUGCUAAUGAAGCAUGCCAAGGUUGAACCAGAUGGCACAUAUGUGAAGCCUCUCAAUGCUAAGCUGACUUAUGGGACCAUGGUAUUCAUCCGUUCAAUUAUCGUUGGAGAUGCUGCUCGCAGUUUAGCCAGAGCUUGUACAAUUGCCAUCCGCUAUAGUGCUGUGAGACAUCAGUCUGAGUUAAAGCCUGGGGAACCAGAACCUCAGAUUUUGGAUUAUCAGACUCAGCAGUACAAACUCUUUCCUCUCCUAGCAACAGCAUAUGCUUUCCACUUUGUUGGUUCGUAUAUGACAGAUACAUAUCAUCGCAUCACUGGGAAUAUCCAGGAUGGAGACUUGAGUGAACUGCCAGAGUUGCACGCACUGUCUGCAGGUCUUAAGGCUUUCAGUUCCUGGAGUGCCAAUGCUGGCAUUGAGGAAUGUCGGAUGGCAUGUGGGGGACAUGGCUACUCCCGCUGCAGUGGUUUGCCUGAUAUUUACGUCAACUUCACUCCUGCUUGCACUUAUGAAGGAGAGAACACUGUGAUGAUGUUGCAAACUGCCCGAUUCCUUGUCAAAAGUUAUGCCCAAGUUAGUUCUGGACAAUUAGUUAGUGGCAUCAUGUCUUACCUGAAUGACCUAUCAGGACAGCAUAUUCAGCCUCAGCAUGUGGCUGCUCGACCCGCAACUCUGCAAAUCAACAAUCCUUCCAGUUUGGUGGAGGCAUAUAAAUUGAGAGCUUCAAGGAUGGUUGACUUUGCAGCAAAAAAUUUACAGGCUGAACUGAACCGUCGGAAAAGCAAAGAAGAUGCUUGGAACCGGACUUCCAUUGAUCUAGUACGAGCAUCUGAGGCACACUGUCACUAUGUGGUGGUCAAACUGUUUACAGCGAAGCUUUCAGAAAUUGGUGACCCAGCUGUCCAUGCUGUCCUUAACAAUUUAUGUUUACUGUAUGCUCUAUGUGGGAUUAUAAAGAACUCUGGAGAGUUUCUACAGGGAGGCAUUUUGACAGAGGCCCAGCUAAUUCAAGUGAACAUGCAUAUAAAAGAACUCUUGGCCCUUAUCCGUCCUAAUGCAGUAGCUCUGGUGGAUUCCUUUGAUUUCUCUGAUUCUGUGCUUGGAUCUGUGCUUGGCCGGUAUGAUGGUAACAUAUAUGAAAAUAUGUUUGAGUGGUCAAAGAAGUCACCACUAAAUAAAACACAGGUCCAUGAAUCUUUCCACAAACACCUGAAGCCAUUGCAGGCUAAACUGUGAUAAUUUUGUUUGGUUUUGAACGUACUUUAGUUUCUUGAAAUAAUAUAAUUUGCCCUACAAACAAGCACUUGGCAAAUCCAAAUAGCCAUAGGAUAGUAAUAGUCUUCUUUUUAAAAAAAAUAAUACUGAAUGAAUUAGAGCAAGGAUAGUAAUUGUAGUUUUCUUUUAAAAAAAAAAUAAUAUUGAAUGAAUUAGAGCAAGGAAACUCAGUGAUAAAAAUGCAAUUUUAAUUAUGUUCAGAAACUAUCCUUUUUAAUGAGUCAGAAAAGCUUUAUAGAUUGGUGUAAAAGGGUCAGUCUGUGAGCCUUUUAAGCAUCUGCAGAAGCUGUGUUAUCUAUAGCAGAUUUUUCACUACUAAGUAGUUCUAGAAAGCAGUUAUUGAAUAGAAUCAACUUCUCCGGAAACCCCUUUAAAAAUUGUCUUGCACAUUUUUUAAGCAUUAAUGCCACCUAAAGAGGCAGUUGUUGUCAAAGCCCUCCUGCACUUAAUGUACUGCUGUAAGAUUUUCACACCCUUGUCAGGAAGUGGGCUUUAGGACACAAACAUGUGUGUAUGUAUAGAACUGUUUGGUGUUCCAGGAAUGGAUGAUUCUUUGCCUUAUGGGUGCAAUCUGUCCUAGCAAGUGUCAUUCUUAACACUUGUGUACAAUUUCACUUUUUGCAUUCCAAAUGGCAUGCAAGCGUUCUAUAUUACAUUUCCCAUAAAACUGUCCUUAGCACACAGGCAAGAUCUCUCUCAAGCCACUUUU